CGGUCAAGAGAAAAACUCCGUGUCGCAUGCAACCCCAUGCGGUGUCUUGCUGUUCUGUUGCGACAAGGUGAUUUAAUUUUUAAAAUAACUUUUCAAAUAGCCUAGAAAUUAUCUGUCAAUACAUUGUUUUACAUUAAUACACAAUCAUCAUGGCCGAUUUAGAUGAUUUUUUCGCGAAAAAAGAUCGUAAAAAAGCAAAAGGAAAAAAAUUCACAACCACUGAAGAGAUAGCGAAAAAAUUGGAAGAAACUGAAAAGCGUAUUGAAAAACCAAAACCUAAAGAAAAACCAAUAAAUCCUGAGGGCGAGGAAAUACAACAAGUUGAGGAGGAAGAUGAAUGGAGGGAAUUUGAGGAGGAGAAAAAGGAUUAUUCAGGAUUAAAAAUUGGAAAUUUACAAGUGACAGAGUCAACAGAUGCAGAAUCUGACGAUGGCCGAGGUACAGGUGACAAUAGUUCGGAUGGAGAAUUAGGAGAACCUGGCACUAAACAUAGUGGACCUUGGAAAAAACCGGAAUUACCACCACAAACAGAAGUUGAACCUGAAGUACCACAAAAACCACAGCAAAUCACCGCAAGUAGUUAUAAAGCUCCACAUUUAAGGAAUCAAUCAUCAUCAGCAGCUAGUCCACGACAACGAGCAAAGAAUAUUGCACCUGAUAUCAAUAGCGAGGAAUAUUUUCCCACAUUAAGUUCAAAACAACAACAGAGUAAUGAACCCACCGGACCAUGGGGCAGACGGAAACGAGAGGACAAUACAUUUGAAGAAGUUCGAAGUAAAGGAAGUAGCAGAUCGUUGAGCGUUAAUGAAACACAAUCACAAGCGCCAAAACUUUCUUUGGGCAAUAAAUAUGGAGCAUUAUCACAAGAUCAAAGCUGAAAGUGACAAUAUAUAUUUGACUACACGAUAAACAAUCAAUUCGUCAUUGCCUCGCUCCAGUUUGCGGCCCAGUCAUGCUACAAAAAUAAAUUUCAUAGACUAAGCUUUCGUGUGUAACGCCUUAACAGUAACACUCUCUCCCCCCCCCCUCGCCCCCGAUUUUUAUAACAUGGAUGUACAUACAAUUACCUCUUGUCUAUAAUGUACAACCUUGUUUGAUUCUGUUUUUAAAAAAAAAAAAUAGCCACAGUCAAAUUUCAAGAUUGUUGCUUGCUUGGGAUAUUUUUUACAAAAUUGUUGUGUUGUUGCGGUUCUUUUUUUUUAUGCGAAUAGCUUAGAGAAAUCGAAAUAGACAAUUUUAUUAAAUUGAGAGUAUAAAUCGCAAUUUGAAUUAGUUAACUCUACCUCGAAAUACGAAAAAGCAAUUCAAAAGAAUAAAUUUCAGAUUUUUAUUGAUUUUCUCCUUUUUUUAAAAAAAAUUUUAUAUUGACCGAGAAAAAAAAAUCACUUUUGUUUUGCGACUUCGUGAAUUCUUUUAAAAAAAAAAAAUAGAAAGAAUUUCUGCACAUUUUUGAAACAAUCACUAUAUAGAAAAAAGAAAAUUUUGAAAAAUAUAUUGUUAAAACCAAGUUUUUAUAAUUAUCAUUGGAAAUUUUUCUCAAAAAACUCUCGAAGCUCAAAUUGAAUUAUUUUCGAUAAGUACUGGAAAAAGAAGAAGAAGAAAGGAGAAGAAAAAAAUGUAAUAGCGACGGCGUUAACAUUUUAUAUCUAGUUAAAUAAAAAAGGAAAAAAAAAAUUAUGCGAAUAUUCGAGGCUGGGCUUCGAAAACCAAUGAAAGGACUUUUGAGACAAGUCUUUAAUUGAAUAGGGAAAAUAAAAGGAUUGUAAUUUUGUUGAUUAUUCUUCUUAGUGUAAUUUUCUUUUUUUUUUUCUUUGUUUUAAAAGUGGCACGUGUUGUGUGAGACUAUGCGAAGAGAUUUUUUUUAUGGAUAAUAUUUUUGGGGUGCUAUUCUACAUAGAACAUUGAAAAGAAGGGUACGAAGCCAGGCCAAGGUUGGGACUCUUAUAUAGGAAAAGGAAUUUGUAAUUAUUUAUGAAGAAAAAUCUUUAAAGUGCGCCUAUUUAUAUAAAGGGAGAAAAAAAAAGUAACUGGAUAAUCGUCGCGGUGCUUGAUAAAGGAACAAAAAGGAGUUCUUCCCUAUUAAAAAAAAAAAAUAAUUGCACCCAGUUUAAAAAAAAUUAUUGUUCUUCACUGCCUGCGACUAUUUGCAUUUGUAAUCCAAAUUAUUAUUGUAUUGUGUACUAUGUCUUUUUCUCUUUUAAAUUAUUGUAAUAGAUUUUUUUUUUUUUCCAAAAUCCAGUACUCUUUUGCGAUCCACCGAAUUUGUCAAUAUUGCUUUUCUUAGAAAAACGAUCAUUCUCGAAUUGAAAUUUCUGAUUAAUUGUCGUUUGCUGAACAUAAUAAUUUUUUUUACGGAGUUGUUGAAAUAUAUUUUUAAUUUUAAUUACUCCUGUUGAGUGAAAACGACAGAAUGACAGAAAGUGCGAACGAGUGUAUGUGAUGCAAGCAUGUGACGAAAAAUUCUCAAAUAAUAAACUAUCAAAUGUAAAAUAAUGUCUUUUUAUAAAAAAAACAAAAAACGAAUAAGCACAUUUAUAUAAUAUCCUUAAAUUAUAAUAUAAAUUUCGGAUAAAUUAGCUCAGCGAAAAAUCGAUUUGAAAAUUAAAUUUUUUAGUUUAUUAUUCGUCAUUUGACAAAAAAAAAAAACAAAAACGGUGGUUAAUUUUCUGUAAAUGUUUUUGUUAUUAAAAGAAAUUUCAACCUGA